AGCAUUCAGAAGUCGGUACUUUUGAAUGAGUUUCAAUUGUUGAACGUUUGCAUUUAAUGGCAUUGUUAAACAAUAUUUUUAAGAAAAGAAAUGUAUAAUCUUUUUUCAAUUAUUUUUAUAAAUUUCCUUGUUUUCUUUAAUCAAAAAAUAUACUGUGAAAAUGUUUUUUUUCCAAAUUUGCCAAUUGGAGAAUACCAUAUAAAAUUUAAAGCAGGUUUUAAAUGCAAUUCUAGUAUUCAUUAUAAAAUUGACUUAAACCUUCACCAAAGUAAGAUUGCCAGUUCAAAAACAGUGAUUACUGGAAAUAUGAGCUUUCAUAUUCCGUUAGAUGAUUCAUUAAUUGUAGACGUUAACGUGGCCGUUUUAGAUAAAAUAGGAGGUUGGAAAGACAACGCAUAUGUCUUUCAAAUUUUAAAUGCUUGUUCAGCAGGAUUAUCUAUUCUUGGGCCUGCUGCUUACAAGACUCUAUUCAAAAGUUUCAAUGCAACUGAUGAUUCUUGCCCUAUAAAAGCGAACAGUUAUUAUUUGAUGAAUAAUCUUGAUGUGGAUUCAUUUGUUGAUACAAUUUUAAAGACAAAUAAAAUGGCACCAAAAACACUUUUCUAUGGUUCUUAUAAAGCUAAACUUAUGCAUAAAAGAAAAGAUUAUGAUGAAAUAUUAUCUUGUUUUGUUAUAAUUUUUGAUGUUACGAGGCCAUGGGAAGAUUCUUAUCAUUAUCAAUAA